AUGAACAUGGAUACUUCGUCCGCCGUGCCCGCCUGGUUUGCCAACCUCCCAUUCUCAGAUCCCAGAUGCAACAAUGAUAGCUGCAAGGCAUACAAAGAGCUGCAUAGUGCCUCCCAGGCGCAGAUCAGCUGGGCCUCUCAGUUUCUCUACGGACACUAUGUCUCCUGGUUCUGCGGUAUCAUUCUCGCGGUCUUCGUCUUUGCCUUCUGGUUGCACCAGUGUCGUGAUUGGUUUGGUUGGAGUUCCGGCAGAGGCUCGACGGCGAAGGAUAGAAUAACUGCGCUCAGAAGGUGCUUCACGUAUCGGAGAGUUGGCGGCAGGAUAGCGGAGUACCUCGGUCUUCCCUCGUUUGGGGUCAUUGCACUUGUUGUGUUCUUCUUCUUUGCAGCGGCGCUGAUGGCGUUUGCCCAGCAUCCUUACUAUCGAUUGCGGAGGGGAUUCGGGAGUCCGCCGUUGGCUGUUCGGACAGGUUUGAUGGCAUUUGCUUUGAUGCCGGUUGAGAUUGCGUUGGCUGGAAAGUACAAUCUCAUCACUCUGCUCACCGGAAUCGGCCAUGAGAAGCUCAAUGUCUUCCAUCGAUGGAUCGGCUAUCUCAUGUUGUUCCUUAGCCUCAUUCAUACAGUCCCAUUCCUGUACCAGCCGGUCCACGAAGGUGGUAUGGCACAGCUGCACGCAAAGUUCUACGCGAAGGGCAGCUACGAGUUCACGGGUACUCCCCCCUUUGGCAUGCUGGUUGCCCUAGCGACCCUAUCGAUUCCCCCGAUCCGCCGACAGUUGUACGAGAUUUUCGUGAGCUCGCAUAUUCUACUGGCGAUGGUCUUCUUCGGGCUGUGUUUCUGGCACGCGGGCCAGGAACUCGACUCGUGGAACUACCUGUGGGCCACACUCGCACUCUGGAUUGUGUCCUACCUAGGCCGGAUUUUCGGCCGGUCCUCUGCGUUCAGACUGAAGAAUCAGUGGUUAUCGGGGUGUCCGACAUUCGUGUACCCGUUACCGGACAACAUGGUCAGGCUUGAAGUGCAUCUCCCCGGACCAGAGUGGAAAUGGGAGCCUGGACAGCAUGUUUUUCUUCGAUUCGCGGGACUCAGAGUGCUUGAGAAUCAUCCUUUCACUAUUGCAAAUGCAUGCUUGCGGCCGGUGAAUGCGGAUCCAGAGAAGCUCGGUGAGAGACAGAUGAUGAAGUUUCUCGUUCGUCCUCAGGCAGGCUUCACUGCUCGUUUGCAUGCAAUGGGCGGCUCAGACGCGCUUUCUGGGUUCGAGGGCCGCGUCAGUACGAUCGUCGAGGGCCCAUAUGGCACCAUUCUCCGGCCUCGUGUCCAAAAUCGCUAUGAUACCGUGGUUCUCGUUGCUGGCGGCGGAGGUAUCUCUGCCAUGUUGCCUUGGUUGGAGCAUCUAUCGCAUUUGAUGUCCAUGAAAAACCCUGUCGCAUGUGUAACGAAGCGCGUGUCCCUUUUGUGGGUGACCAGGGAACCGGCGUCCGUUCAAUGGGUGGAAAAUGAAUUGAGGGAAGUCAAGCGCAACGAUGACAGCGACGCGAUUCGAACGAGGAUCUGGAUAACAGGCGGCCGGAAAGAAGACCCCACAGAUGUAGCGCCGGCCUCCAGUAAGGAUGCCGUCGUGGUGGAUUCAUGGGACGCAGGGUCAAAGCACCCUGAGAUGGACUUCGUCGAUCAAGUCACGCACCAGUCUCGUCCGAACCUGAUGGAGGUCCUAGGCAUGGAACUGAGCUCCGAGCGGACGAUGGUCAUCGGCUGCGGACCUGAGAGUCUAAAGAUCGAUUUGAGCAAUGCAGUGGCUCGGCUUCAGUCUCGCGUGUUUAGAGGUGAGGCUUGGGAGGUGAGACUGCAUACGGAUACUUUUGGGUGGUAG